AUGUCGGGUCUAACUACUAAAGUGUUUUAUGGUUCAUCAAAACGUAGUUCGUUCCAUUUAGUACAAUCAACAUCUUCAUCCAAAAAGGUAAGACGUGAACCAUGCCAUUUAACUAAUGUUAAACGGUUGCUGGGACCUCCAAUUGGCUGGAAAAACUUUCCUAGGCAACAAGAAGCACUAGACUACGCAAAAACUAAAUCAAAUGGUUGUAUGUCCUUCACAUAUGAACAAAGUAAUGGUCAACGAUAUUUUAUGGUUGCUCAUCCUGAAACAUUUUGGUACUAUGACUCUCGUAAACCACAAAAUGAAAGACACACUUAUGAGAUCAUACCAGAAAAUAAUCCGUGCAAAUUAUACUUUGAUUUAGAAUUUAAUCGCAAUGAAAAUCCAGAAUCAAAUGGCUUAAAAAUGUUAGAAACCUUUGUCAAAAUUAUUAUUAUGUUUAUCAAACAAAAAUUUGAUAUAGUGUGCAAAGAAGAAGAUAUUCUUGAUUUAGAUUCAUCAACAGCAGAAAAGUUUAGUCAUCAUUUAGUCUUUCAAUCUUUGGUGUUCUCUAAUAAUUGCCAAGCCGGGUAUUUUGUUAGAUUUAUAUGCUGUGAAAUUAAUAAGUUUUUGUCUGAAGAUCACUGUCUAGAAGAUAAUGGAUGUUUUUACAGUGGGAUAACUACUAAAGAUCUUAUAAAUUUAAAAACUCAACAAGGAUUGUUUUGUGACGAAAGUGUAUAUUCAAGAAACAGACAUUUUAGAUUAUUUAAAUCAUCAAAAUUGAAAAAAAAUGUUCCAUUAGUCCUGAGCAAUAUUAACAAGUAUAAGCUUCCUGAAAUGGCUCAUUGCGAGGAUUGUUUUGAUAAACAAAUAUUCUUAAAGUCUUUAAUAACAUUUGGUUGUGAUGAUACUGUAUUGUUGAAUUUCACAAAUAUAACGAGUCAAAUUGUUGCUGAAACACAUGGUGAUCGGGCACAUUUCGAUAAUAAAAAUCAAGGUACAUGUCAGUCAUCUUACACAAGUUCACCUUUUCCGCGAAUAGAUAGGUUUAUCUCCGAUCUUGUUUUCCCAGGAAAAAUCUUCAAAAACCAUUAUUUUCCUUCAGUUAACAAACUAGUUUAUAGUAUUGUGAAAAACCGUUAUUGUGGAAACGUUAAACGGCAACACAAAAACAAUAAUGUUAAGUACAUAGUUGAUUUGAAUGAAAUGUAUUGGUAUCAAAAAUGUUAUGAUCCUGACUGUGAACAGUAUCGAUCAAAUGGUACUAAGUUGCCAAAUGAAAUUUGUUUUGAGUAUGCUAAUCAUAUAGUUGAUGAUUUAUCUGACAGCCAAUUAGUAAAAGUUGCAGACGCCGCUCAAUUAUGA